AUGGCGCCCAUCCCCAUCACCAUCGUGACGGGCUUCCUGGGCAGCGGCAAGACGACGCUGCUGCUCAACCUGCUGCCGCAGCUGCGCGCGACGAACCCGGCCUACAAGCUGGCGCUGCUGAAGAACGAGUUCGGCGACCUGGCCGUCGACAGCCAGCUCGCCAGCAGCGCCGCCAUCUCGGGCGUCCAGGAGCUGCUCAACGGCUGCAUCUGCUGCAACCUGGUCGGCCAGCUGUCCGUCGCCCUCGCCGAGCUGGCCGACACGCAGCGGCCCGACCGCAUCGUCAUCGAGACCUCGGGCUCUGCCUUCCCUGCCACCCUGGCCAUCGAGGUCAACCGCCUCGCCCGCGAGACCGGCGGCCGCUACGUCCUCGACGGCGUCGUCAGCGUCAUCGACGUCGAGAACUGGAAGGGCUACGAGGACACCAGCUACACGGCCCGCAUCCAGGCCCGCUACACGGACCUGAUCGUCUUCAACAAGUGGGAGCUGUGCGACGAGCGCCGCUUCGACGACUGCCUGGACCGCGUCGGCGACCUGGAGGUCGAUGUCCCCUGGGUCCGGAGCGACAAGGGCAGGGUCCCGGCGGACGUCAUCUUUGGGAUUGAUGGCGGGCUGGCGCGGGCGCUGACGGGCGAGGAGGGCCUGGGGGCCGAUGGGCACGCACAUGGGGACGGACAAGACGAGCAUAAGCACGACCACCAGACCGAGGUCGAGGUCCUCUCGGUCACGCUCAAGGGGGCCAAGGGGGCCGCGGUGGACUCGACGAAGCUGAUGGCGCUGCUGAAGGCGGCGCCCAAGGACGAGGUGUAUAGAAUAAAGUCCGUGCUGACGGCGUCGUCGACUGUCAGGGACUCGGGUGACGACGAGUCGCUGCCGACGCCGCCGCACCCCCCGACCCGGUAUAUUCUGAACUGGGCGUUUGGCCGCUGGACGUUCACGGCGCUGGCGGGCGGCGAGGGCGAGCACAGCUCGAGCGACGAGAUACCCCUGCGCAUGACGCUCAUACUGGCCCGCUACGAGAGCGCGAAGUGGAAAAAGAAGAUAGAGGACGGCGGAUUGCUAGAGCUGGAGGGCGGUGGGAAGGGGGAGUUGGUCGUUUCCAAGAUUGCGUAG